AGGACUCCCCAUGACGCUGAAGGUCAAGCUGAGCUCCGUAUGUCUGGGUGUGGAGGGGAUGACCUGUGGUUCCUGUGUUCAGUCUAUAGAGCAGCGCAUUGGGGGUCUGCCUGGAGUCGUACACAUCAAGGUGUCUCUGGAGCUGAAGAAUGCCAGCAUCAUCUUCGACCACAGCCGUCACACCCCAGAGUCCCUGGCGGAGGCCAUCGAGGACAUGGGGUUUGACUCCAUCCUCUCAGACUCCACCACAGUCUCCGCGGUCCCCACGGACACCCAGCUGGUCCCCACCCCAGCCCUUCUCACUCCCGAGGCCCAACAGGAGGCUCUGGCCAGGCUUGCUCAGCUCCAGGGGGUCCUGGGGGUCCAGGAGAACAAGGACCAGAAGGGGGUGUCCGUUACCUUCAUCCCUACCCUGAUCGGUGCACUGCAGCUGGGGGAGGUGGUUAGUAGCUUGGUCCCCCUCCUGGAGGCCCCUACAUCCAGUAGCGCUACAAAGGAAACCCUAGCCUCAGUCCCAGCCCCUGCCACAGUUUUAGCCCCUGUCCCAGCCACAGUCACAGUUUUAGCCCCUGUCCCAGCCCCUGCCACAGUUUUAGCCCCUGUCCCAGCCACAGUCACAGUUUUAGCCCCUGUCCCAGCCCCAGUCACAGUGUCAGCCCCUGUCCCAGCCCCAGUCACAGUUUUAGCCCCGGCCACAUCCUCACAGCCUCAGCUGGUGAAGAUGCGCAUCGAAGGCAUGGUCUGUCUGUCCUGCACCACCGCCAUUGAAGGGAAGAUUGGCAAACUCAAAGGAGUUGAGAAAAUCAAAGUGGUUCUAGACUCCCAGGAAGCCACAGUUCUCUACCUGCCGUACCUCAUCACCAUCGAUGACAUCAUCGCCCAGAUCGCCAAGGCCGGCUUCAAGGCCACACCCAAGUCCAAGCCCCGCCCCCUGCAGCUGUCCAUGGAGCGGUUGCUAAGCGCUGCCUUAUUACCCCCAGAGCCGGUGGAAUCUUCCCCCGAGGAUUCUGAGGCCUCCACAGACUCGGCCCUGACGACCCUCAGAGUGACGGGCAUGCACUGCCGCUCCUGUGUGGUAAACAUCCAGGAUAACAUCUCCAAGCUGGCUGGGGUGACCUCCAUAGAGGUAUUGUUGGAGAGAGAGCGCGCCUCCAUCCACUACGACCCAGGGAGGGUGACUGUGUCUGGGCUACAACAAGCCAUUGAGGCCCUGCCACCGGGGACGUUUAAAACCCAACCCUGGAGCUCUACUUCUGGAGGUCUUAGUCCUAUAUCCACAUCCACAACACCUAUACCUUCACCAUCCCCACCACCGUUGUCCCAGUCCCAGGCCGGCCUCUCCUCCCCCCAGCCCUGCUACAGCCAGCCCCUGUCGGCCACGGCCCUAAUCCAUAUAGAGGGGAUGACCUGUGGGUCCUGUGUUCAGUCCAUAGAGGGGAUGCUGUCUCAGAGGAAGGGGGUGCGGUCAGCCAAGGUGUCGUUGGCCAAUCACAGAGGGACGUUUGAGUACGACCCUCUCCUCACCCAACCAGAAGAGCUCAGUGAGGCCAUAGAGGACAUGGGAUUUAAUGCCUUCCUGCCUGAAACCAACUCCCUGGUGACCGUCCCAGUUAUCAGUCCCCCCUCGUCCCCCUCCCUGUCCCCCGCCCCUGUCAUGGAGCUGGACUGCGACCCAGAGAGGGGUGGGGGACAGGGGGUUAGGGGGACCCCGAACACCCUAAAUGCUAAAUGCUUCAUCCAGAUUGGUGGAAUGACCUGUGCGUCCUGUGUGGCCAACAUUGAGAGGAACCUGAAGAAUGAACACGGUAUCUACUCUGUGCUGGUGGCCCUGAUGGCUAGUAAGGCUGAGGUGCGUUAUAACCCUGAGGUGAUGGACCCUCUGAAGAUAGCAGAGUAUGUCAGAGAGUUGGGCUUCACUGCUUCUGUCAUGGAGAACUAUGAGGGUUCUGAUGGAAGACUGGAACUGGUGGUCAGGGGAAUGACGUGUGCCUCCUGCGUUCACAAAAUUGAGUCCAGCCUGAUGAAAGAGAAGGGUAUCGUCUACGCCUCCGUUGCCCUGGCAACCAACAAAGCCCACAUCAAGUACGACCCAGAGGUGACGGGACCGAGAGACGUCAUCAAACUCAUAAAGAACCUGGGCUUUGCGGCAUCUCUGGUGAAGAGGGAUCGCACAGGCAGUCACCUGGACCACAGCAGAGAGAUCACACAAUGGAGGAAGUCGUUCCUGGUCAGCCUGUUCUUCUGCGUCCCAGUCAUGGGGAUGAUGACCUACAUGAUCAUAGUAGACCACCAGAUCAGCACGUCUCACCGGCACAACGCCACCGCACCGGACCCUGAACACUACCACUCCACCAUGUUCCUGGAGAGACAGCUGCUCCCAGGCCUCUCCAUCAUGAACCUGAUCUCAUUCCUCUUCUGUGUCCCUGUACAGUUUAUUAGCGGGCGUUACUUCUACACCCAGGCCUACAAGGCCCUGAAACACAGAACAGCCAACAUGGACGUGCUCAUCGUGCUGGCCACCUCCAUAGCCUUCACCUACUCCGUGGUCAUCCUCAUGGUCGCCAUGAUAGAGAGGGCAAAGGUCAACCCCAUCACCUUCUUUGACACGCCCCCCAUGCUGUUUGUUUUCAUCUCCCUGGGACGCUGGCUGGAGCAGAUCGCCAAGAGUAAGACGUCAGAAGCUCUGUCUAAGCUGAUGUCCCUUCAGGCCAGCGAGGCGACAGUGGUCACUCUCAACACGGACAUGUCUGUACUCAGUGAGGAGCAGGUAGAUGUGGAGCUGGUCCAGAGAGGAGACGUGGUCAGGGUGGUUCCCGGAGGGAAGUUCCCCGUAGAUGGGAGGGUCAUCGAGGGACACAGCAUGGCUGACGAGUCUCUCAUCACAGGUGAGGCCAUGCCAGUGACUAAGAAGCCAGGCAGCUCAGUGAUAGCUGGCUCUAUCAACCAGAACGGCUCUCUACUCAUCACUGCUACACACGUAGGCCUGGACACAACCCUGUCUCAGAUAGUCAAACUAGUGGAGGAGGCUCAGACAUCUAAGGUGAGGCAGUUUGCAGAUAAGAUCAGUGGUUACUUUGUCCCGUUCAUCGUUGGUGUCUCUCUCCUCACUCUGUUCGCCUGGAUCCUCAUUGGCUUUGUCGACUUUCCACUUGGCUAUGAUCAGAGCAUCUCCAAGGCAGAAGCCGUGAUCAGGUUUGCCUUCCAGGCCUCCAUCACGGUGCUGUGUAUCGCCUGCCCCUGCUCUCUGGGCCUGGCGACCCCGACAGCAGUGAUGGUGGGCACGGGGGUGGGCGCUCAGAACGGCAUCCUCAUCAAGGGAGGGGAACCACUAGAGAUGGCACACAAGAUCCAGACAGUGGUGUUUGAUAAGACUGGGACCAUCACCUACGGAGCUCCUAAAGUUAUCCAGCUGAAGAUUUUAGUGGAGGGGAACAGGAUGCCUCGCUCCUGCCUGCUGGCCAUUGUAGGGACUGCAGAGAACAACAGUGAACACCCACUGGGAGCUGCUAUCACCAAGUACUGUAAACAGGAGCUGGGUACAGAGUCCCUGGGUGGGUGUACUGACUUCCAGGCUGUACCAGGCUGUGGUAUACGAUGCCAGGUCAGUAACACCGAGACCCUGCUGAGACAUCAUCAUGAGGACAGUGACGACAACAACCAGAGAAACAGUAUUCUGGUCCAGAUCAGUGACUCCAGGAUCAGGCCAGGCUCACACCCGCUCAUCAUGGACCCCCAGCCUCUCACCCUGGUGCAGACAGCGUCCUAUGUGGUGUUGAUGGGGAACAGGGAGUGGAUGAGGAGGAACGGACUCCAGAUCAGACCCGAUGUAGAUGAGACCAUGACUGAACAUGAACGCAGGGGACGCACUGCUGUACUGGUGGCUGUCGACGGUCUGCUUUGUGCGAUGAUAGCCAUAGCAGACACAGUGAAGCCAGAGGCAGAGUUGGUGGUUCACACCCUGCAGGCCAUGGGUCUGGAAGUGAUUCUGAUGACUGGAGACAACAGCAGGACGGCACAGGCCAUCGCUGCUCAGGUGGGUAUCAGGAAGGUGUUUGCGGAGGUGCUGCCAUCCCACAAGGUUGCCAUGGUAGAGCAGCUGCAGCAGGCAGGGAAGAGGGUGGCCAUGGUGGGUGACGGGGUCAACGACUCGCCCGCUCUGGCCAUGGCAGAUGUUGGCAUCGCCAUAGGAACGGGCACUGACGUGGCCAUAGAGGCAGCUGAUGUGGUGCUGAUCAGGAAUGACCUGCUGGAUGUGGUGGGGAGUAUUGACCUUUCCAAGAAGACUGUGGAGAGAAUCAGGAUCAACUUUGUGUUUGCUCUCAUCUAUAACCUGGUGGGGAUCCCUAUCGCUGCUGGUGUGUUCAUGCCCGUUGGUCUGGUUCUCCAGCCAUGGAUGGGUUCCGCUGCCAUGGCCUUCUCCUCUGUCUCUGUGGUGCUGUCCUCUCUACUACUCAAAUGCUACACUAAGCCCAGCGCUGAGCUGCUGGAGUCUCGUCGGGGCAGUCAGAAGAGACACGCUGCAAGCCUAUCAGACGUCAGCGUCCACAUCGGCAUGGGCGAGCUGCGCCGCUCCUCCCCCAGGCUGAGCCUAUUGGACCGCGUUGUCAACUUCAGCCGCACCUCCAUCAACUCCCUCCAAUCAAAGCACUCCCUCAACAGCAUGGCCCUCAGCGAACCCAACAAACACUCAUUGCUGAUGGGGGAGGCCCUCUGCGAGGAGGAGUUUGUCUGAGGCUAUGCUUUGCUAACUUAACCUUGGUUUAGCCAUUUAUAUGCUUGA